AACUCCAUCCAACACAAAUACCAUCAGAACCAGAGAGCAAAUUCUGCCCUAAAUGUUGUAGUGUGUCCUUAUCUUUAGCCCAGGUAAAUCAAUUCACAGGCGAUAAACAUGAGGACAACAGACGGAAGUGACGCUGCAACAGGAGGCAGGAAGCUAACGACACAGGUGAAACACGUUAGCAGUAAUCAAAGGGGGGCGGGGGGUAUUGUUGUUCACAUCUACAAGUUGCACCCGACCAAGUGCCCAAGCUUUUUUGUUUUUUUUAACCGAAAGUGAUUCGUGCUGUUUGGACGGUACUUGACUGAUGAAAUGAAAGUUCAUAGCGUCACUGGAACGUCACUGGAAAAUGGUAGAGAACUGCUGCCGAGCACCAAACGCGACUCGCUACAGGUUACAGUUGAAUGUAGAUUUCACUUUAGGCCACUGGGGCUCGCCAUUGCGCUUGUAACCUGAGCUACGUGUCUGCCGGUUGAGCUCUGGCUGCAGCUUCUGUGUGUGACUCUGCUGGCAGAGUUCUCUGUUGAGGAGGGAGCCACUAACCAUCAGCUCCCACAGACCGAGCGCCAAGUGAAGCAGUCCCGUCCGCAGUCUGCCUCAGCACCUCAGCAGCCCCCAAUGCCCUUGGAUACUCCGCCUAGAUCAUUCCCACCCUGCUCAGACUGACUGACCCGAGUCACUGCAUCUCUGAAGGAGAUAAACUGCUGGACCUUAUACUCCUGCACCGCCGGUGCGCUGUACUGACUCCUCUGCGCUGCGAAUGGAGAAGAUCCAAGGAUAACAACAGAGGAGUUGCGGUGUUUUGCUGCCGCAGAAGACCUGCUGACCGGUAGCCUUAGUGCGUGGCCGAGGGUGGGGGUAAGGGCAAGGGUGGGAAGGUGGUUGUCUGUGGUGUCGCAUCCGUUGUUUUGAUCAGCUUAAUAAAACAAAAACGCCUUGCAUGGCUGCACCAUGGCUACGCUUAUAUGCAGGGUGCAGUUUUUAGAUGACACUGAUCCGUUUAACAGCACCAAUUUCCCAGAACCCACCAGGCCACCUCUGUUCACCUUCAGGGAAGAUAUUCCUCUCAUCAAUCAGAUUGCUGGAGUCCACAGACUGCUGAAAGCUCCUCACAAGCCUGAUGACUGUGCCCUUCAGUUGUCCCAUAAUGGAAGCUACCUGGACCUGGAGUCCACACUGGCGGAGCAGAGAGAUGAACUGGAAGGAUUUUCCGAAGAAGGAGGACGAGGCAAGAAACACAGCAUUAUUCUGCGAACCCAGCUGUCAGUCAGAGUUCACGCCUGCAUCGGUGAGUAGAAAACUGUGCUGUUGUCCACACUGUACAUUUGUGACGCCACGCUUACGGUCAAUCUGUCUUCUUUAAUGGCAUUGGAAGGACGUUCGUUACCUCUGUUUCCAGUGUAGUGUUUUAUUGAAGUUCUUGCUGCAGUAACACAGUGGCACCAUUGGGAAAUAUAAACUUAAUUUGGGUGAGGAUUUACUGCAUUUCAACAACACUGCAGAGAGCAGAGAGUGAAAACAUUACUGUUGUGUUCUGUCACUGUGUUUUAUUGGGCCUCCUGGUGUCUUUGUCUGACGAGGGAACAAGCACCAAGAGCUGACUGAAAACAUAUGUAAACAGGCAAGGUUGUUUUCUGUGCGUACACACACACAACGUGCUUAUCAGUUGGAUUUUGAUUAAAGGCUGUGUUUGAGUGUUUUCCUUCUCCACAUCUAAGAUAUCAUGAUAGGGUAGGUGUAAAUUAUUGGACAUCUCUGAUUGAUUGAUGGUCGGAGCUCAGGCUCUGAGACUUGUCACCGUCACUGUCAAUUUAAAACGUAAAAAAAAAGCCCACAUUCUCUCACGGACACAUGCUUCCUACUUUGCAGGAUUCAAAUCUAAAAAUAGCCCGAGGCCUGCAAAAACCAUCAGACUGGAACUGGUCAGAUUUGGUUUUAUUUCUCUUGUCAAGUGAAAGUCAAACGAGGUCCAAGGCUUUCACAUGAAGUCAAUGUGAUUUGAAGGCUGUCUGUGUUGUGGACUUCAUUUUAAUUUAUGUCGGCAAAUGCUAAUGCUAAUAUUGGUCAAAUUCUGUAUCAGGAUGUAAAAGAAACAUAGAGAAUAGAUGUGGAGUAACCAGAUUUGACGUAGCUAGCCUGGGUAAAUACACUUUAAUCUUUUCAACAACUUUUAUCUCAUGUUUUGUUAACUUCCAGGUACUCUAGGUAAUUAAUAAUGAUAUAUUUUACA